AUGUCUUUGAUCACUGCCAAGCAUUUCACUCUCUUGGUCUUGCUCUGCUUUUUAGUUAUUCAAGAAUCUCAUGGUAUUCCUCUCUCGGAAGUUGCUUCUAUGAGACUUCUAAACAGAAAGGUUUUAGGAAGCCAGUUGGCUGCAUUUGGAAAGGGCUAUUACAAUCAUGCAGAGAAGAUUAAUGAGAAGUUUGCUGAUUGGGAGCUAAGAGGAGUUCCAGCUGGUCCUGAUCCAUUGCAUCACAAUGGUGCUAGUCCCAAGAAACCUAGGACUCCAUGAUCAUGCAGUAUUAAUUUUGUUUUAUUAGCUCUAUAUCUAAGUUUUUGGUAAAGGGUAUUGUAUGGUUUCAUGUUUAUGUUUUCUGUUGUUUUUGGCCCAACAGAGGAAAAAAAGAAACAAAAAAGUAAGAAUGGGCUUAGACUAACCAAGUUGGAAUAGGAUUUCAUGUCUUACUUGACAUGUACUUAUAGUUUGAUGCAAAGUUGUCCUUUUUAUUAGUAGUACUAAGAAAACUCAAGCAUGACAUAGUUUUUGCUGUACUUUCAAAGUCAUCAAU